AUGGCUUUUAAUAACGUGAAAAUUCCUGAAGUUGAACUAAAUAAUGAAUCUUCACAAUUUAUCGGCUCACAAAUACAUAAUUAUGUUUUGAAGCUCCAUAAAAAACCAUGGAUCUCGUAUUCAAAGAAGAUUUCCAUACCGACAAAAAUUUUGCAAGUUAUAUAUAAGCUCCGAUUACAUGAGAUUAGUGACCCUGAACAUCGCACAAAAUUACUAGUAAGAGAGCUGUUAGAUCGUUCCUUACGUCGUUACACAAUAAUAAAAUAUUUAAAAAUUCUACAAAAUUAUUCAUUUCUGAGUAUAAAAUUAUUAAAUCUCGAAGAAUAUAUAAGUCCUCUUCAGCUCGGUUCACCAUCAUCUGUGCCUACAUAUUCCGAUAUUAUUAAUAUGCUUAAAUGGUGUAGUUCCAAUAAAAAUGAAAAUGAAAUAAUUUAUGGUAUAUUACUGGGCUACUAUUCUGGGUUGCAUGAACCAGAUAUAUGUGCGAUCACAAAUGAAAAUUUAGUUCAACUACACUCUCGAGAACCAUUGAUAUCUAUCGAAGGUAAAUACUCCAACGGAUGGCAAGUCGUUUACUUUGAUGAGCUGAUGGAAUUAAUAAAUGAACUUGUCGAAGUUUUCAAAAAUAAAAUUAAACUUUACAGCAUGGGUAUAAUAGAAAAACUUUUUGAUGUGCUACCACGAACAUUUUUGUUUCUUAUGAAUCAAUAUUACAUAAAAGCACUGGGUAAAACACCACCUAUUGGAUUUUGUAUACGUAUGAUGAGAUACAUUAUUAAUUGUUUAAUUACGAACCCAAAAAUCCAAAUCAAUGAUAUAAAUGCUUUGAGAUAUUUAACAAUUAAACCAAACCAACCGAUGCAAUCUGAUCCUCAGUUAUUCUGUCUUGACAAAGAUUUAGAAGAGCUGAAUCGAAAGUUAAAAAGAGUAUCUGAAAUGAACUUUUCAAUAAAUCAAUAUAACGAUGAAAACAAAAAUGAUUAA